UUUUUUCUCGUCUUUUGGCUGUUCUUCACCACUUUUCUUCCACUGAUCAACGCGCUAUCUUUUUCCUUGUUGCUCUCGAGCGAUAUCGACACCGAGCACUCAGUGCCGCAGGUUAAACCUUCGCGAGCGGACGGCGAAACCCCUCGCUUCCGUUUUUUCCCCGUGUUCGACUUCGCUUGUCGGGACGAAGCGUUCGCCACUGCUCCUUCGACUCUUCUCGGGACAACACACCCCGUCGCAGCCUCUUGACUUUUCUCCCCGUGAAAGACGGGACGCUUUUUUCCUGAGACUCCUCCUGGAUGCCCUCGUUCUGGCACGCUCUCGGCGGCAGUGUGACGAAACGCCUCUCCUUUCCUCACCAGUCAAAAGCUUUAGACGUCGACAUUUGCUCUGAGACACAUACCGCGAAAGAGCAGAGAGAAAACGCCGUGGAGGACUCGAGAGAGGGGUGCGAACUUGUCUGUGGCAGUUCGCUCUGGGCAACCGUCUCGCUCGCCACAAGUUGUGUCUUUCUCCGCGGGUGGAGAUCCCGCGACUGAACUGGCCUUCUAAAACGCUCGUCGCCGUCUGUUAGCGUUCUCUUUGUCUGUCUUCUCUUUCUUCUCCCCUCACGCAACACGGUCUCUUCGCGAGCGACAACUUGUCUUCCUCUUUUUGCACUCUUUCUCUCCGCCGCGCCUGCGCCCCCCCUCCGGCACAUCUCGUCUCCUACAGUUCCUCUCUCUGCUGAAGUUCCUGCUUCUCCGCACCGCUGCCUGCCCGGUGUGAGACUCUCUCUGAAGGCGAGUGAAAGGUGCAGCUCGAAGUCUCGCGUUCGCCUCUCUUUGCUCGUCGCCUAGCGUCUCUCCAACUCGCUUCUUCGGCCUGCCCCCUCCUGUCUCUACACCGCAAGAAGGUGUCUGUCGAGAAGAAGACUGCGAAGUUCGCCUCGUGUUCUCCGUCGCAUUCGCGGGAUUUCUCCCUCCCUUCUCGUCGAGCAUUUGAACCAUGAAGCCUGAAUACGACUAUCUUUUCAAGCUGCUUCUCAUUGGCGACUCCGGCGUCGGGAAAUCUUGUCUCCUCCUGCGGUUUGCGGACGACACGUACACAGAGAGUUACAUCAGCACCAUUGGCGUUGAUUUCAAAAUUCGAACCAUCGAUUUGGACGGAAAAACUGUGAAACUUCAAAUUUGGGACACCGCCGGCCAGGAGCGCUUCCGCACCAUCACCUCUUCGUACUACAGAGGAGCUCACGGCAUCAUCAUUGUGUACGACGUGACGGACCGCGAGUCUUUCAACAAUGUCAAGAACUGGAUGAUGGAGAUUGACAAAUACGCCAUGGAAGGCGUGAGCAAGCUGCUGGUGGGGAACAAAUGUGACUUGACGUCAAAGCGAACCGUGACAUACGAAGAAGGGAAGGAGUUCGCCGACAGCUGCAACAUGCGCUUCAUAGAAACUUCUGCGAAGAAUGCCCACAACGUGGAACAGGCCUUCCACAUCAUGGCAAGUGAGAUCAAAGCGCGCGUUCAGGUGAACCAGCAGCAGAGUCGACCGAAUGCGAAUGUGAGGCUAGGCCCGUCCCAGCCGGUUCGCAGCGUCUCUUCGGGUUGUUGCUGAUUUCUUUGCUCUUGAGACGCGUCUGCGACGUUCAGAGCUGACUUGCGUGAAUCUCUGCAUGAGUCCAGAGAGUGCUGUCUCGGGAGAGGCGAGUGCAGCGCGGGGGGGCGGGGAGGCAUCUGCGACCUUCUGUCUUGGAAACCGAGUCUGCUGGCUUUCUCUCUCUUUUGUGAGGUGCUCGCGCCGAGGAGACACUCUUCUCCGGGCUGCAACUGGCUUUGCGUUAUGUGGAGAAGCAUUUCUCACGACACGGCGCACAAAUGGCGCUGAAUGCGCGAGAAAAACAGUCGAAAACAGCGGUCCAGCAGAGACUCCGCGGCAACGUGGAAGCGGCUGCCGCGUUUGAAUAGUUUCACACUGAUUCACAGAUCUUCCUACGGAAUGAGGUUGCGGCGAGUGCGCAAGACUGGAAGAACCGCGACUGUGGUGAAAUCGCUGCUUCGAUGUCCUUUAGAUUUUCUCCAGAGAGACUGGUUUGAGAC